AUGUUUUUUAAGGUAAAAAAUGGUGGAAGAUACAGCAAUGAAACAAAGUCAUUUGCUUUGUCUUUGUAUCACCUGAGUGGAAAAUCCUACAAAAUGGUCUCGAAGCUCUUCUGCUUACCAUCAAAGUUGAGCAUCUUGAAAUGGAUUUCCAAAAUGCCCAACGGUGCUGAACUCACACAACCUUCACUUGAUGUUAUCACCACCAAGGUUCAAGCAUGUAGCUCAACUGGAAAGUUGUGCAUAAUAUUAAUGGAUGAAAUUUCUUUGAAAUCUCACCUGUUUUAUGAUUGCAGCAAAGAUAAAGUCCUUGGUCUUGAGGAUCUUGGUGAUGAAAUCACCUCCCAUAAAUUGGCAACAUCUGCAAUUGUACUCAUGGCCCGUGGCAUUAUCGAAAACUGGAAACAGCCCCCUGCUUGCUACCUAGUCAAUGAAUCAUGUAGCAGCGAUAUAGUCAAGGAGAAGCUGACAGAUGCCAUCACCAAAUUAGAGAACAUUGGUCUAAAUGUUCUUGGAGUUGGUUCUGAUAUUGGAUCAAACUUUCAAAAGUUUGUUCGCGAGAUGGGUAUUACACCAGAAAAUCCCUGGUUUAUUCACAAUAGCAAAAAGAUAUUGUACAUCUUUGAUGCACCCCACAUCAUAAAAGCAAUCUGGAACAACCUUACCAAUUACAACUUCCAUUUUGACAACAAGGUAGCCAGUUGGAAUGAUGUUGAAGCUCUCUACAAGAUAGACAUCCAAAAUUCCAUCAGAUGCUGUCCAAAAUUGACCAACAAACACAUGCAUCCAAACGGUUUCUUGAAAAUGAAAGUGAAACUUGCCACUCAAGUCUUGAGCCACUCAGUUGCAGCUGCAUUGAUGAUGGCAAUCAGUGGUGGUCUUCUCCCCACAUCAGCUUCUGGUACAGCCGAAUUAGUGUCCCAUUUUGAUGAUAUUUUUGAUUGCUUAAACAGCUCCACGUUCAGCACCCCCAAAGAGUGUAACCGACCUAUGACAGCUUCAUCCAAGCACAUGCAAACGAUGAAGGAAAAGCUUCAGUUCAUCAAGAAAAUUAAAGUAAUUGAUGCAGCCAAAAACAAGGAUGUCACAUCAUCAUUGAAAUGUGUAAAUGCACUACAAAUAACACUUCGCUCAACCAUGGAAUUGUGGAAGACAGUUCAAGGUAAUGUCAAAUUUUUAUGUACUACACGUUUGAACCAAGACCCAUUAGAGAACUUUUUGGAUCCAUCCAACAACAAGGUGGCAACUGUGAUAAUCCUAGCCUGCUACAAUUCACCAGGGCAUUUAGAAAAUUGUUUUUUAACAAUUAUCUUCUUCAAAUGGGUACUGGUAACUGUGCUCCAGAUCUUGAUUCCAUCCUGGUGCAUAACAAAGCAGUCAAGAACAGCAAAGCUGCCAAGAUCGACAGCAACGUUGCAUCUAAAGAAGAAAAAGAAAACAGCAGUGUACAGCCAAUGCUAUUCCACGAAAUCCAAGAUGUGGACUAUAAAUCUUCCACAAUAGAAGAGAAUUUGAUUUCGAACAAUGCCACAUGUGGGUACCUAUUGAAGAGAUGUUUGGAAAAACAUAGUUGCCAAACAUGUUCCAGUGCUUUGAUCAAAAUGAACUUGAUAGUACCGACAAACUGCUAUGUUAUUUCAAGGCCUAUGAAACAAGCAGACAACCAUUUGGAAGACUUACUGUGCCUGAUGAUGCCCUCAUACAAUACAUUUUGA